GUGGCGUAUCACUACUGCCAGGCGGAUAACGCCUAUACCUGCUUGGUGCCGGAGUUUGUGCACAAUGUGGCGGCUCUGCUUUGUCGCUCGCCGCACCUCGUCGCCUACAGGGAGCAGCUGCUGAGGGAGCCGCACCUCCAGAGCAUCCUGAGCCUGCGCUCCUGCGUCCAGGACCCGCUGGCUUCCUUCAGGAGGGGGGUCCUCGAGCCCCUGGACGUACUUUACAAAGAGAGGAAGAUCAGCUCGGAGGAGGACCUCAUCAUCCUCAUCGACGGUUUGAACGAGGCGGAGUUCCACAAACCGGACUACGGAGACACCAUCGUGUCAUUCCUCACCAAAACUAUCAACAAGUUCCCUCCCUGGCUAAAGCUGGUGGUCACAGUCAGAACCACGUUACAGGAGAUCACCAACGCGCUGCCGUUCCACCGCAUCUCUCUGGACGGCCUGGAGGAAAACGAUGCCAUCGACCAGGACCUGCAGGGCUACAUCCUGCACCGCAUCCACAGCAGCCCAGAGAUCCAGAACAACAUCUCGCUCAACGGCAAGAUGGACAACACCACGUUCGGCAAGCUCAGCGCCCACCUCAAGGCUCUGAGUCAGGGCUCCUAUCUGUACCUCAAGCUCACCUUUGACCUCAUCGAGAAGGGCUACCUGGUUCUGAAAAGCUCCAGCUAUAAGGUGGUUCCAGUCAACCUGGCCGAGGUGUACCUGCUGCAGUGCAACAUGCGCUUCCCCACGCAGUCGUCGUUCGAGCGGGCGCUUCCUCUGCUCAACGUGGCCGUGGCCUCGCUGCAUCCGCUGAACGAUGAGCAGAUAUACCAGGCCAUCAACGCCGGCUCGCUGCAGGGCAUGCUGGACUGGGAGGAUUUCCAGCAACGUGUGGACAACCUGUCUGUCUUCCUGGUGAAGAGGAGGGACGGCACCAGGAUGUUCGUUCACCCAUCCUUCAGGGAGUGGUUGAUCUGGAGAGAAGAAGGAGAAAAGACAAAGUUCCUGUGUGAUCCAAGGAGCGGUCACACCCUUCUGGCCUUCUGGUUUUCUCGGCAGGAGAACAAGCUGAAUAGACAGCAGACUAUUGAACAGGGCCAUCACAUCCUCAAAGCACAUAUCUUCAAGGGUCUCAGCAAGAAAGUUGGGGUUUCCUCAUCUAUCUUGCAAGGCCUGUGGGUAUCCUACAGCUCCGAGGGCCUUUCAGCUGCACUUUCUUCACUCCGAAACCUCUACACCCCCAACAUCAAGGUGAGCCGGUUACUGAUGAUGGGCGGUGGCAAUGUGAACUAUCGUACGGAGGUGCUGAACAACGCCCCCGUCCUGUGUGUCCACUCCCACCUGGGGUACAUGGACAUGGUGGCUCUGCUGCUCGAGUUCGGCGCCUCUGUCGACGCCACGUCUGAAAGUGGUCUGACGCCGCUGGGCUACGCCGCCGCCGGGGGACACAUGUCCAUCGUGACUGCUCUUUGCCGCAGGAGAGCAAAGGUAGACCACUUGGAUAAGAACGGCCAGUGCGCCCUGGUUCAUGCGGCGCUGAGGGGCCACAUGGAGGUGGUGAAGUUCCUCAUCCAGAGCGACUGGAGCAUGGGGCCGCAACAGCAACAACAGUCACCACAGACACAACAACAGGCGGCGUUGACCAAGAGCCACGCGGUGCAGCAGGCGCUCAUCGCUGCAGCCAGCAUGGGAUACACAGAGAUCGUGUCCUACCUGCUGGACCUGCCAGAGAAAGACGAAGAGGAGGUGGAGCGGGCUCAGAUCAAUAACUUCGACACCCUGUGGGGGGAGACAGCUCUGACUGCAGCCUCUGGUCGGGGGAAGCUGGAGGUUUGUCGGCUGUUACUGGAACAGGGUGCAGCCGUGGCCCAGCCCAACAGACGAGGCAUCGUCCCGCUGUUCAGUGCCGUUCGUCAGGGACAUUGGCAGAUCGUGGACCUCCUCCUCACACACGGCGCAGAUGUCAACCUGGCGGACAAGCAGGGCCGAAGCCCUCUGAUGAUGGCCGCCUCAGAGGGACACCUGGGAACUGUGGAGUUUUUACUAGCUCAAGGAGCUUCUCUGUCUCUGAUGGAUAAGGAGGGUUUGACCGCUCUGAGCUGGGCGUGUCUGAAGGGCCACUUACCCGUCGUCCGCUGCCUGGUGGAGAACGGAGCCGCCACCGACCACGCAGACAAGAACGGACGCACGCCCCUCGACCUGGCGGCUUUCUAUGGCGACUCUGAAGUGGUCCAGUUCUUGGUCGACCACGGGGCGAUGAUAGAGCACGUAGACUACAGCGGGAUGCGUCCCCUCGACAGGGCGGUGGGCUGCAGGAACACGUCGGUGGUGGUCGCCCUGCUCAAGAAAGGAGCCAAGAUAGGAUGUCAGACGCUGCCCAGUCGGCCCCGAGGUCCAGCCACAUGGGCCAUGGCCACCUCCAAACCCGACAUCAUGAUCAUCUUACUCAGCAAACUCAUCGAGGAGGGGGACGGCUUCUACAAGAAGGGGAAGGUGAAGGAGGCGGCGCAGCGUUAUCAGUAUGCCCUCAAAAAGUUUCCACGCGAAGGCUUCAGCGAGGACCUCAAGACAUUCAGGGAACUCAAAGUAUCGAUCUUCCUCAACCUGUCCCGAUGUCGGAGGAAAAUGAACGACUUUGGGAUGGCUGAGGAAUUUGCGACGAAGGCACUUGAACUGAAACCAAAAUCUUACGAAGCUUAUUACGCCAGGGCCCGAGCCAAGCGUAGCAGCAGACAAUUUCCUGAAGCCUUAGAGGACUUGAAUGAAGCCAUAAAGCAGUGCCCCAACAACCGAGAGAUCCAGCGGCUGCUCCAGAGGGUGGAGGAGGAGUUUCACAUGCUCAGCCAGGAGGAGCACCAGCAGCAAGACCUGGAACUAGAGCCUCCUCCCUCCCCGCCUCCUACGCCUCCCCCGGAAGAGGAGGAGUCACUGUCCCUCUCCAUGCCUCUCCCCCCUCCCCCAGAGCCCCGCCUGGAGGACAUGGAGCCCGUCCAGGACCUGUUUGAGGAUGAGGACUACCUGGAGCAGGAGCUGGAGGCCAUGUCGAUGGGUCUGCCUCCGCCCGAUUCCCUAGUCAACCCCUCCAGCCUUCCCAUCAUUCAUAGCCCACCUCUCUCCCCCACACAUCCAGAUCAGAUCUAUUUAACUGGAGGCUCACCCAUGGGCCAGCCCUACGAGUAUCACCCCACCUCGUCCUCCAUGUCCUCCCCAACCCGCGGGACAUACCAGUCAACGUCGCCUUCUUUAUCCCCAACGCAUCAAAACUCCCACUACCGCCAUAGCCCGCCUCACACCUCCCCAGUGCACCAGCCAUCCUACCGUUUCAGCCCGCCUCCUAUGGGCACCGGGGGUCAGGGAAUGGAUCACCAGAGCCCACCGCCUUCCCCUUUACGUCGGGCUGCACAAUACAGAGCCAGUCCGCCGGUAGAGAGUGUUUGUCUGUACAGAUCCCAGUCUGGGUCUCCUGUGCGCUACCAGACAGAGCAGCACCCCGGCCGACCCAAGUCUCCCCUCUCUAAGAUGAGCAGUCAGCGUUCUUUCCAACUGAGCUCCCAGCCCUCGUUAUCCUCCCAGCACCACCAAGCCCAAGGCCUUCGCCUCCAGCCUUCUAUAGCCCAGAUAGUCCGCACAAACCAGCCCAGCAGUGUAAUGGGCAACAGCAGUUAUGGAGGCCAGAUGGGACACUCCAUGGGUGGUCGCUACCAAGGGGGCUCAGUGGAUGUGGAGAGCCGGCUGGUGUAUCAGCCCUCCCUGGAUGGACGGUCCAUGCCCCAGGUCCAGGCCAGCCUCAGUUCUGGGGCCCUCUGUCAGCACGGUGGCCGAGGAGGGGUUAUGGAGUCGGGCCUACUGAAGGAUGAGCUACCCCAGCGCCCCUCCUCUGCCUACCGCGCCAGCAGCGGGGGCCCAGGGGGCAUCCGUUACAGCCAGACACCUCAGAUAAGCCGCAGCCAGUCGGCCGCCUACUACCCGGUCUCUGAACACGUACUGGAGCGUGCCAAUGCCAUGCCUCCCUGUCAGCUGGGCUCGCCUGAGAUCCCUCAUAUGGUGAGACGCCCCGUCAGUGCCAAUACUACUGAGUUGAAGCAGCAUGUGCCCACCCCCAGGCCUCUCAUCCAUUCUCAGAGCGUAGGCCUUAGAUUCUCCCCCUCCAGCAACAACAUCUCAACUGGAUCCACCUCCAAUUUGGCGCCGGGUUUCAGGCCUUCUUCUUCCAUUCAGCAGAUGGAGAUCCCCCUGCAAGCUACAUAUGAGCGCAGCUGUGAUGACAUCUCUCCUAUCUCUCCCUCGCAGGGCGGCGGGGGGCUGUAUCAGGGCGAGACCACCCGCUCUCGGAACACGCCCUUCAUGGGGAUCAUAGACAAGACGGCGCGGACUCAGCAGUACCUGCAUCAGCCCUCGCGGUCCAGGGCCAUGACGUCCAUGGACUCUGCAAUUAGCCCCACCUCGCCUGGCCAACUCGUCCAGCAAGGCUCCACCUACAGCCCCCCCGCCUCACUGGGAAAUAUCGCCUACUAUAACAAGACUAACAACGCCCAAAAUGGACACCUGUUGGAGGAGGACUACUACACCCAGCCCCAGCCCCCCUCUCUGGGCAAACUGGCUAACGGCUCCCGUGGCAGCGGGGACAUCCUGGAGCGGGUCAGCCAGGUGCCCACCUACCCGGACGUCAAGGUGGCGAGGACUCUGCCCGUGGCACAGGCCUACCAGGACAACAUGUACCGCCAGCUCUCGCGUGACUCCCGCACCCAAGGCCCCACAUCCCCCAUCAAACCAAAGAGACCCUUUGUGGAGUCGAACGUGUGA